AUGGCAAUUAUGGCGGUAGCUUUGGAUGCAACCUCCCUCGCAGUGGCUUUACCGAUCCUAGCUCAUAGCCUAAGCGGCACAGCUAUUGAAGCCUUCUGGAGUGGAACUUCGUUCCUUCUUUGUUCUACAGUCUUCCAGCCCACCUUCGCUGCUUUCUCUAAUAUUCUUGGAAGAAAGCCAGUCAUGCUUCUUGCCUUAGCAUUCUUUCUCGCGGGGACGGUUGUAGCGAGUUGUGCAACGAACUUCACAACGUUGCUGGUCGGCCGCGCAUUUCAGGGCUUUGGAGGAGGAGGGAUUAUCACCACCACAGAAGUCAUUUUAGCGGACUUGAUACCGUUAAGGCUUCGGGGUCUAUACUUCGGUAUAUUCAAUGGUGUUUGGAGUUUUGGAUCGGUUAUUGGCCCCAUCCUCGGUGCGGGCUUCUCUGAGAAAGCCACUUGGCGAUGGAUCUUUUACAUCAAUUUCCCCUUUAUUGCUAUCAGUGCAGGGAUUAUGCUCUUUCUUGUGAAAUUCCAACCACUCCCAGUGUCGCUAAGGAAGAGCUUCCGAGACAUCGAUUACGUCGGGACGUUCCUGUUCAUUGCGGGAAUCACUUCGAUACUGAUCCCCAUUACCUGGGCUGGAGUGAUGUAUGACUGGGACACUUGGAGAGUCCUUGUACCACUGAUACUCGGGCUUGCAGGAAUCGCUGCAUUCUUGUGCUACGAACGAUUUCUUGCCCGCAAUCCCCCAAUCCCGUUGUCGAUUCUAACGACCCGCACCGCCAUUGUUACCUAUAUAGGGACAGCUGCACAUGGUUUUAUUCUGUGGGCCGGGCUAUAUUACCUGCCUUUAUAUUUCCAAGCUGUGAAAGGAUACAGUCCUAUCAACUCGGCCAUUGCCCUGUUCCCUGUCACGUUCACUGUUGCUCCUGGUGCAGUGAUCACCGGCCUCUUUAUAACAAAAACCGGUCGAUACAGGUGGACAAUCUGGAUCGGCUGGGCAGCGUCCACCAUUGGCCUUGGACUUUGCUGCCUUAUCAAGCCGGAAACUGGAAAGGCUGAAUAUGUAAUAUUCAUGCUAGUUUCCGGCUUCGGACUCGGCGUCUGCUUCUCUUCAAUUGUCUUUGCCAUCCAGGCAUCUGUCAAACCGAGUGAGGUCAGUAUUGCAGUAUCGAUGUUUAGCUUUUUCCGAACUCUCGGCCAGACCAUUGGUGUUGCUAUUGGAGGAACGAUAUUUCAAAAUCGGAUGCGGGUCAAUCUUCGAUCGUAUCCAGAGCUCAGCCCUUAUGCGAUACAGUAUAGCAAAGACGCUGCAUCUCUGAUGGAGGUCAUUCACAAGAUGCAGGAAGGGGAGGCAAAGACGCAUUUGAUCCAUGCUUAUGCCGAUAGCCUGAGGGUACUGUGGGGUACGUGUUGUGGGCUGGCGGGGUUAGCAGGCAUAUUGAGUAUUUGGACACAGGAGUUUACUCUUGACCGGCCUUUGGAUACCUAG